CGGCGGCUGCCUGAGGAGGCGCGGGUGGCGGCGGCGGCGGCGGAGGCCGAGGCGGAGCCUGGAGAGGUGUGGCUGGACCAAGACCUCCCCUGAUGUAAGCAGGCUCCCUCCUCCCCCCACCACCCGUUGCCACCACGCCAGGGGACAUCCUCAAGCCCUGGCCCUUAGGGGAGAGGUAACAGGAGCCCAGAGCCGAGACCAUGUGACGGCGCUGGCCCUUGCCACCGCCGUCCCCCAACCCUGGCCCCAGGCCUGGCACCAUGAUGUUCCGAGACCAAGUGGGCAUCCUCGCUAGCUGGUUCAAGGGCUGGAAUGAGUGUGAGCAGACAGUGGCCCUGCUGUCACUUCUGAAGCGGGUCACGCGUACCCAAGCCCGCUUUCUGCAGCUCUGCCUGGAGCACUCGCUGGCGGACUGCAAUGAUAUCCACCUGCUGGAGUCAGAGGCCAACAGUGCUGCCAUCGUCAGCCAGUGGCAACAGGAGUCCAAAGAGAAGGUGGUGUCUCUCCUGCUGUCCCAUCUGCCCCUGCUCCAGCCAGGCAACACGGAGGCCAAGUCUGAGUACAUGAGACUGCUGCAGAAAGUGCUGGCCUACUCCAUCGAGAGCAAUGCCUUCAUUGAGGAGAGCCGCCAGCUCCUCUCCUAUGCCCUCAUCCACCCAGCCACCACGCUGGAGGACCGCAAUGCGCUAGCCCUCUGGCUGAGCCACCUGGAAGAGCGGCUAGCUAGUGGUUUCCGCACACGGCCAGAGCCCUCCUACCAUUCACGCCAGGGCUCAGAUGAAUGGGGUGGACCUGCAGAGCUGGCCCCUGGAGAGGCAGGACCAGGCUGGCAGGACAAGCCACCCCGGGAAAACGGACAUGUACCCUUCCACCCAUCCAGCUCUGUGCCGCCGGCCAUCAACAGUAUUGGGAGCAAUGCAAACACAGGUCUCCCCUGCCAAAUCCACCCUAGCCCACUGAAGCGCUCCAUGUCACUCAUCCCUACGAGCCCCCAGGCCCCUGGUGAGUGGCCGAGUCCAGAGGAGCUUGGGGCCCGGGCUGCUUUCACCACAGCCGACCACGCACCCCUCUCGCCCCAGAGCAGUGUGGCCUCCUCUGGCAGUGAGCAGACGGAGGAGCAGGGCUCCAGCCGGAACACUUUCCAGGAGGAUGGCAGCGGGAUGAAAGAUGUGCCCUCAUGGCUCAAGAGCCUCCGCUUGCACAAGUAUGCUGCUCUGUUCUCACAGAUGAGCUACGAAGAGAUGAUGACCCUAACUGAGCAGCACCUAGAGUCGCAGAAUGUCACCAAAGGUGCCCGGCACAAGAUAGCCCUGAGCAUCCAGAAGCUGCGUGAGAGACAGAGCGUCCUCAAGUCCCUAGAGAAGGAUGUGCUGGAAGGUGGCAAUCUGCGGAACGCUCUGCAGGAACUGCAGCAGAUCAUCAUCACUCCUAUCAAGGCCUACAGUGUCCUUCAGGCCACUCCUACUGCCAAGGAUGGGGGUCGAGGGGAGCCGCUGCUGCCAGGUGCUGAGCCUCCCCUCACCCACCCUGGAUCAGACAAGGGCACUGAGGCCAAGGACCCUCCAGCUGCAGAGAACUAUCCUCCUCCACCAGCUCCAGCCCCCUCUGAUAGCAGUGAGCCAGCCCCAGCUCCCGUCGCCGACGGAGACAUCCCCAGCCAGUUUACACGGGUGAUGGGCAAAGUAUGCACCCAACUGCUGGUGUCCCGACCAGACGAGGAGAACAUCACCAGUUACCUCCAGCUCAUCGAAAAGUGCCUGACUCAUGAGGCUUUCACAGAGACACAGAAAAAGCGGCUGCUGUCCUGGAAGCAGCAAGUGCUGAAACUCCUCCGGACAUUCCCUCGAAAAGCUGCACUGGACAUGCAGAGCUACCGGCAGCAGAAGGGCUGGGCAUUUGGCUCCAACUCGCUCCCCAUAGCUGGCUCUGUGGGGAUGGGUGUGGCCCGGCGGACCCAGCGGCAGUUCCCAAUGCCUCCUCGGGCAUUACCACCUGGCAGGAUGGGCCUCCUGAGCCCUUCAGGCAUUGGGGGUGUCUCUCCUCGACAUGCCCUUACCAGCCCCAGUCUUGGGGGUCAGGGCCGACAGAACCUGUGGUUUGCCAAUCCUGGAGGCAGCAACAGCAUGCCCAGCCAGAGCCGCAGCUCUGUGCAGCGCACUCACUCGCUCCCAGUUCACUCGUCACCCCAGGCUAUUCUCAUGUUCCCUCCAGACUGCCCGGUACCUGGGCCUGACCUGGAGAUCAAUCCCACCCUGGAGUCUCUGUGUCUGAGCAUGACAGAACACGCCUUGGGUGAUGGGACAGACAAAACCUCCACCAUCUGACGGGACCCACAGCCCAGCGCACCCAUAGGCUCCCUGGGCGGCGGGCGGGGGCCAUCCCCCAACAGGCUUCUCCUCGGCAGCGAGAGGGUGGGCUGGCGCAGCUAUACAUUCUGAUAUUUUUCUACUCAUCCUCUUAACUUUUGUUUAACAUUGGCACACGCCUUGCUCACUCCCAGGCCCAUUGAGGGAUCUCAGCUGAGGCCAGGGACAGAGAGGGCAGCCAGAGGCAAGGACUGGCCAGACUGCCUGCCUCUUCCCUCCCAAAUCCCAUACUAGCCCCAUCCUACCCCUGCCUCCUUCAGACUGCUGAUACCUGUCCUACCCCAAGAGAGCAGACUUCCUCAGAGACAAACUGACAGCCACCUUGUGCAGCCUGCCCUUCAGACACAUGACAGUGGGGGAAUGAGCAGUGUGGACAGCCCGCUCCACCAGUAUGUCACUGGAGAAGAGCCCCUCUCCCUUCCCUGCUACCCUUCAUCAUUCCUACUAUCCCCCAGGACAGGCACCACCUUCCUCCUUUUUUUCUUGCCCUGUUUAUCAGAGGUUCUCUACAAUUAAUUUCUUAGGCCUAUUUAAGAUACAUAUUUAUAUAGUUCUUAACGGUUUUUCUCUGAUCAUUCCCUGUCAUUUUUAGAAUCCCCAGGCCUCUCUCUGAGCCAGGACAGUGGCAGGGGGAGCCUGAACUUUAUGAGGAGAGGGCAGAGCCCCCUCUUGCAGACCCCCUGCCCUUCCCUAUCCCAGCCCCGGCUCCCAGAUGCAGAGGUUGAAGGUGGGCAGCCCCAGGCCCGCAGUGAGGUCAGGAAGUCUGUUGCCUUAAUGUCCCUUUCCCCCACCAACAUAACCCUUCUCUGUUCCCCAGGUCUGUUGGCAAGACUUGUGGGUAGGAACCAGGGAAGGGGGGGGUGUUGGGUUUUUGUUUUCUUGCCUACCCUCUCUUUCUGUCAACCUUUCCUACCCCCAUUAUGUCAUGACCUCAUGUAAGUGGAACACUAUAUCAUAACCCAGAGGUGCAGCCCAGCCUGAGUCACAUAAACCCUCCACUCCCUGUUCUUGAUGAGGGCUGGUGCUGGGGCCCAGGUGGAGGGAGGGAAUUUGGGAUUCAGGCUGUGGGGAAGCCAGGGUCCCCUAUUCCAAACUCCUCUUUCCCCCUUAACCUACACCCUCAUUGGGACAUUCUCAAGCUUUUCACACGAAAAGGAAAAAAAUGUUAUUUUUAGAUACA